GUUUUUAGUUGAGUAAUACUGACGGUUGAGGUUCAUAUAUAAAAAUGUGCAGAACCUCUGCUUUAGGAUACAGUGCAAAGAGCCAAAUGGAGCUGGUAGUGACAAUCGUGUCACUACUCAUGGCAGGCCAUGUAUAUGGGGGUUCCUUACGAACAGGAAUUGUGGGUGGCAGAGAAGCUGUUCCUAAUUCUCACCCUUACAUAGCUUCCUUGCAAUUGAGACGCCAGCACUUCUGCGGGGGGUCGCUGAUUGCUCGUCAGUUUCUCAUGACUGCUGCUCACUGCUUAAGUGAAAUAAACCCAACCUUGGUGACAGUAGUGUUGGGGGCUCAUUCGCUUCAAAGCAAUGAAGCAUCCAAGCAAACCUAUAGAAUUGCACAAGUUUUUGAGAACGGCUUCAAUCCCCAAACCUUAGAAAAUGACAUCCUUAUACUAAAGCUUAACCGACCUGUCUCCAUAAACAAUCAAGUACAGAUAGUCAGGCUACCUCGUGUCAAUGAAACUGUCCCUGCAGGCACCCGGUGCAUAACUGCAGGCUGGGGGCGGCUUGGCACCCAGAGUAGAAUACCUGACCGUCUGCAAGAACUUAAUGUCACGGUGACCAGCAGAGAUUUGUGUCGUCCCAACAAUAUAUGUACUGGUGUCUUCAUGCGGCAGGCUGGAAUUUGCUUUGGUGAUUCAGGUGGCCCUCUUGUGUGCAAUGGGGUGAUCCAGGGGAUCUCAUCCUUUAUUAUCCAGAGUUGUGGAAGUGGAGUGGCCCCCGAUUUCUUUUCACGGGUUUCUCUGUUUCGAACCUUUAUUGACAAUGCACUUAACAACUGAUAGAGAGGAGAGUGAUUAACUGCUCAAAUUCUUUCGGCGCCCUUUCACUUGCUUCCAUAAUAAUCUUCAUUAAACAUUUACACAUCCCUUCAUAAUCCUCAUUCUUCAUAUCUGGGAACUUGCUGUAUAUCACACAGAGCUCCCAUGUGAAGUUCUGCACCCUCAUGGCUAUGUUUAUUCUCUGGGCAGUGGAUUGGUCUAUUGAUAACACUCACUCCUCACCCAAGUUCCAUCCACCUCAGCCUUUGAAAACUUAACUGGGACUAGCCCUGCCCCCUUAUUGCAGCCACACUCCAUGGUGAGAAGGAGCUCAUGGCAGCCAACUCUGUGAAGUACCCAUGCAUGCUCACUUUUCAUUAGGUUAAGAAAUGCUGAGGCAAAAUAAAUUGUGGUCUACAACUUUUUGUUUUUUGUAGAAGUGAAAUUCCUAUACAUUUUUAUUCGCAUACCUUCCAACAUUACUGUUUCAUUCUUUAUCUCAGGUCUGUUCUCCAGCCAACUAGGCCAAAAGUUGCUUUUGACAAACACUUUAUUACAUUGGGACAUAGGUCUCGUUAGGUAGGCAGGGCUUUCCAUUUGAAGCCACCUCAAACCAACUGAUACGGCUCUCUGUGAUAUAUCUGGGUGCCUCACUUCAGUAGUCGCAAGAUGGCAAUAUAGGAGCUGUAAUGUAAGUCUGUACUACUAAAGAGCCUCUCCCCAUUUGGUUUAUGAUUACCACUUACUGCAACAGCUUGGGAAGUAUGUUUAUGGAAGUUUAGAUGAACACUUAUAGUGUGAACACACAGAAAUCAGAGACAGAAGUAUAAAUCAGGGGAGAGUCCCAUAGGAAAUCGGACAUUUGUUUACCCUAGACCAAGCAUCCUGGUCCAUGGUUCUAUAACGGGCUUAGCGCCCAAAUUCCUCCAGUAUUACAAAAUAUGACCCUAUUAUAUAAUACAUAGUACUAACAGAGUGAAAACAUAAAGUGAAAAGAUUUUUAUUCUGUUCUUCUAUUCACUUUCUAAUAAAUCUGCUUCAGAAAUAAAA